AUGAAGGACCACAGCAUGGCGCGCAUGCAGGAGCUCUUGAGCAGCUAUUACGGACUACAAAAUCAGGAGAGUACACAGGAACAAAAACGCAAUAUCGAUUCACCCGGAUUUGAUACCAAGAUCUACGUUAAGGAGCUACUAGAAACCUGUGGACUUAACGACCUGCUCAUAGCAGACAACCAGCUGAUCAGCGAGAUCAAGGAGCUGGACACCAACAUGCAGAUGCUCGUGUAUGAGAAUUAUAACAAAUUUAUUAGCGCCACAGACGCAAUUCGCAGGAUGAAGAACAAUGUAGCGAGCAUGGAGGACGAAGCAAGGCGUGUGGUCAAGAGCAUGGAUGUCAUUACGGCUAAGAGCGAGCAUAUCAAUGUGGCCUUGGCGCCUCAUCGCUCCAAAGUUGAAAAACUGAUUGGCGUGCGGCGGUUGCUGAAGAGAUUUGAGUUCAUCUUUGAGCUGCCUCAGAGACUUAAAACUGCUGUGAAGCAGAAAGAGUACAACAAUGCUACCAAGUAUUAUCUGCUUGCACGCCGGAUACUGAGGAGAUAUGAGCACGUUUCAUCAUUUAAGGCGAUUCAAGUGGAAGCCGAGAAAAUUAUUGAGCAACUUGAACUAUUGCUCAAGAAUCGAAUGUUUGACACAACUCUUGAGUCAGAGAAGCUUUGUGAAACGGUGGUACUUCUGCAUCAACUGGAUGCUUGUAACGACGAGAUCCGAGACCAGUUUCUGAAAUGGCACAAAGCAUACUUUGAGCGUGCAGUGACAUUGUUCAAGUCUCAAGGCAAGGCGGCCACGGUGCUGGAUUUCCUCCAAAGAUUCAAUGCGGAUGUCUUAUCGAAGAUGGGUCGAGUGUUUUUAGUGUACAAAACCCACUUGAUGCCCCAAGUUGUCACGCGCGAAAAGUUGUCGACAUCACGCAAGCCCUCCGAUACGACUCGAGACGAUUUGCUCCUAAAUUUUGUGAAUGAGCUGUUUGCACUGUAUCGGAAACAGUGUAUCAUGCAGUUUCGCCGUUUGCACACGGAAUAUGGCUCGACGGAUGAAGUCCUUGAUAUGCUGCAGGACGAAGACCUCUCCUCAGACAUUGUCGAAAGUGAGUACUUCGUGUUCAUGCACGUAAUGAAGCACUUUGUCUCGCAGGUGAAAAUUGUAGACCGAAGCAUUCCAAUGUAUGGGCUAGCCGAAAAUGCCACUGGAAUUGUGGAAGGCUGCGUGCAGUUCCAGAUUAAAAGUGUUUUUCGAAAAGUGCACGGGGAUACUGGGACGCUCUUUGUUACUUUUUACAAAGAUGUGUGUGAUUUGGGGCGAAACUCGCGCGAUGGUGGAGAGAGCGUUUUAUCUUUAGCGCAGAAGUCAGCGAGGGCAUUCAAUGAUAUCGUGCAGAAAGUACUGCAGCAAAUGGAGCCUAUGAUGCAAGCAGGUUUCUCGAUUCUUCCCGAGUUAAGUCGACUCUUCUCCGACUUAAUACAGGGCCAAUUUUACGAUUUUCUUAUAUGGUUUAACGCCUCGGUGCUCCGAUACGCAGAGCCCAAGCGUGCAUUUACUCCACCAGAUCGGCCGCUUACAACUAGACCCGAGGAACAAGAUAGUGCAACACUUCCGUGGCUGGAGCCUACUCCGCAGUUCUUGCUAUUCCUAGCGUGUAUGUGUCAAGAGUUGUCAGCUGAGGGUAUUGGUGAACGCGUACGCGAUCUUAUUGAGCGUUUGUCAGUACCCUCGUUUCCAUCAAAACAUCCCGACAUUGAACGAAGUCGCAGCAGUCAAAUUAACGAGCAGGACAUGAUGCAUAUGAUCGAAGUGACUCGCGAAUCUUCUGCAGAGCUACUGCAGCACGUCGCAAAGCAGUAUGGGGACCAGCUGUGUACCAUAAUUCAUACUGGGGUGACUGCUACGUCAUGGGCGGACAUGAACGAGGAGCCAAGAAGUGUGCAGGAAAUGAUGGCCGCGGUUGUAGAGACCACUUUUCGAUUCGGGAAGGAAAUUGCUGUGGCGCUCGGCGAUGAGAAUAGCAUAUUUAUUGGAAUCAACAGUCGUGCAGCAAGUCGUGACUUUCGCCGGCGUGUCAGUGCGCUGCGGUCUCGCAAUGCAGGGGUUGCAUCAGCAACGUCAGGCAUGCAACUUGACGUGGAUCGGAUGUUUGCCCGUAAAAUCCAUGUUUUUCCAACCCAGCUCGAACUCACUGCAGAUGCGUUCGUUCAGACCAUGCUUAAAAUGUGCGUUAAAGCCUUCAGCGAAUGGGUGCGGUUGUUGGAGCUGUCAAAGUUCGGCUUACAGCAGAUACAAUUGGAUGCUGAAUUUUUGUGCAGUAUGCUGAUGCAUAUGGUGGUGGCUGGCGAGGAAGUGGAGAGUCUUUUGUCUGACCUACUUUCGAACGCACGUGCUCGAGCUGUUGAAGACGUGCUGAUGGAUCGUAGCAACGUGGUUGCCAUUGUGAGCACCAAGAGCACCCAAGUUUUGUCACGCCGAUGA